GGUGUGUGUGAACGUUAGUCUGAUUCUCACCAUAUAGUUGAGGAACGCAGUGAACAGCAGGCAGGAGCCGAGUGAAGUGGACGUCUGAAAGUUUUAUUUGGCCCUCGCUGUUCCUCUCUCUCGCUGUCUCGGGAUUCCGCCCUGCGCUCUGGUUCAGAUUAGGAAUUCCCCCCCUGUAUGUUCCGGUUAGAAAAACACCAAGCCGGAUUGAAGCAGGUCGGCGUUCCGCGGUGUCUGCGGAUUGUGUGUGUGGGUGGUGGGGGGGUGUAGGUUGGACUCGGGGUUGUGAGCUAAAGGUUGAUGUUUAUGGUAAUUGAAGUUAACGACUGGCCUUAUGGGUAGAGUUUUUUUCCAGGCUCGGAGGGGAGCUGCACGCUAAGGGCUGGAUCGGAAAUUUAAAAAAAUCCGUUCGCUGUGUACAGACGCUCGAGCACAUCUGCUCCAGUGAUCUGCCAAAGGGUUUCUUCUCUGUAAACACCCCCCCCCCCUUCUCCCCCCCCCCCCCCCCCCCGCCUCCCCGCAGCAGGCAGCAGCCUGAGGUUUUACACAAGGCAGGGGGAUGCGGGCUGAGCAGAGUCCGAUAGAGCCCGCAGACCGGAUAGUUCCGCCGCUCUCUGUGUGGUGAGGAGCCAACAUGGCGCUGCGGAGUCUUGCUGUGCCCGAGUCUCGCAGCCGCCCGCCACCUGUACACUGAGAGCCGCUGCUCCAGCCCGGGGGGAACAGCCGGUAACACUGGCCGGGGCCAGGCCUGACCUCCUUGUACCUUCCACUGUUAGCCGCCGGCGGAUUGCUCUCUCUCUCUCCCCGUGUGGUGGAUAUCCGGACUUUUUGGGGGUAAUCUGUGAGCACACGGCUCAGAUGAAACAAGUCUUCUCCCUCUGGCUUGGCGAUUUUUAAAAAAAACCCCUGAAACGGCACGUGGAUGCAGUAAAAAGACGAGGUCAGCACCAGAGCAAGAGUCUGGUGAAAUUCUACCGAGAGCCUGGAAUCAGAAUAAAAUUGCGGAGAAGGGAGGCAUCAAUCAAAAAGACGCCAUGCUGUCUGCGACACCCCUGUAUGGCAAUCUUCACAGCUGGAUGAGUACUGAUCGGGUCCGUAUGUGUGGAAUUAAUGAAGAUGGCAGGAAAGUCUCUGUAAGUGAUGGUGAAACACAGAAAAGCAUAAAGCGGUUUGGGAUCAGGGAUGACAAUCACAUGACCCACAACUUGGGUGUGGUGGAUGCAACGUCAGUGAGACAAAUUGAUCGACUUAGAGCUGCUAGUGGGAUCAUGCAAGAAGAGCUGAGAAAUCAUAAUGGCAUUCUGUAUCCUACUGCACGUGGGCUUAGAAAUGAGAAGGAGCAAGAGGCUGCAGUUGCAAUGACCAGCCUAGGAUUUAUGACUGAUAGAAUGCCUGAUUUGAAUUAUAAAUCACAUCCGCCAGAAACCCUAGAAAAUGGCAGUGGCUGCACAAAGCCUCAUGAAAGCUUUAGCACCCUGUACAAAUCACCACCUGGACUACAAAAUGCUGCUGGUGCAAGAAGUGAACCAUUGGGUUUAGAAGGAUCUUCAGCUGGUAAACAAACACCAGUGAAUGGAACUGGUCCAAGUUAUUUGCGGCUUCCGUGGGUUAGCCCAUACAUGGAGAGUCCAGCACCAGGGAUGUAUCCAUUUGUGGAAUCACCAAGCAAAUACUCAAUGAACAUGUAUAAAACAUGCUUGAUACCUUCCCAGAAUUCUUAUGGCUUACCACAACACAUCUCCUAUUCACCUGUCUGUAGUCACAGCGAUCGCUUCUUGUACAUACCACCUCCACACUACGGUUUGCCUCACAUCCCAUCAUCUCUUCCUUCUCCACUAAGGAUUACACCAGCUGCAACAUCACCCAUAAUGUCUUCAAUGGUUCAUUGUCCUGAUAAAUGCCUGUCAGGAAUAAUGACGGGAAAUCCUAGAUUGCAAGUUGAUCCACAAAUUUUGACGCAUCAAAUAUCGAGCAGCAAGAAAACAAGGAUUGCAGCUAAUGAAAAGGCAAAUACUAGUAGUAUUCCUGCAGAUCCUGCUUCACUGUUGCAAUCUCCUAAACCACCUGCCCGGCUUCAUCUUUCCUCAUCACAGAUUGGAGAGAGCUCUUCUGAAUUCCAGAAACAUCUUGCCAGACUAUCUGGUCCUUCUCCUUCAAUGGCACUUCCUCAUGGUUAUUUAAGCCUAAGCAGUGAAUUUGCUUCUCCUGCACGAUCAACGAACAGCAAAAAUUCAAAACCAACAGAAUCUGGGGAUAGCUUGCAACAAACAGUUACACAUUCACGAAGCUCUCAGCCUGAACAAAAAGCUACCAAGUCUCCAUUACAGCAAGAAACACAGACGCCCACGAAAGACUGCAGUGAGAAGCCUUUAGAUCUGUCUUCUAAAGUAGGUUGUAGUGAGACCUCAAGUGAUCAGGUAUCCAAGACUGAGAGUGCUGAUAAGGUGGUGCCAGUAUCAGCAGCUGGCAAAUGGCGCAACAAUUCCUCAUUGUCUAGCAAGGAAACAUUUCCUAGCAGGGAAAGUCAUUCUGAAGUUUCAGCAAUUUCAAUACAUAAUGAACUCACUAUUGAAAGACCUGCUAUUAUCAACAAAUUGCACUCAACCUGGGCCAUUCCUGGUUCUAGUUCUCCUGGUGACCAUCAAACUAGUAGUAUAUUGGUGAGCAAUAAAACACUAGAGCGUAUAAUUCCUCAUCAGAGAAGUUCCUCAUGCCCUAGAAUUGGGAGUUCCAAUGGUUCUGUCAAUCAUAUUCCAGGUCCAGUGUCUGGAUUGGGCAGACCUGCUUCUGCUUCACCAUCACCAAAUGUUAGUACUGAAUGGGGUCACUCUGAGAAGGCUCAUAGAAAUAACUCUUCAAAUAAAACAUCUGUGAUUCACCAAACAGGGCAGUCCUCUCCAGUACCCAGCCAGCAGUCCACUAAAGGGACUAAAGGUGGUUGUCAGGAUUUUGCAUCACAUUCAACUGAAAGUGGCCAUUCAUCAGGUUCGAUAUUUCUCACUCCAAACGAGACAUUUUUAUCCCCACCUUUACCAUAUCCAAACAGAUAUUUCACCUACUCCACACCUGAAGGAAUCUCCAUUGGCCACCUUCCUUUACCCGAUAAAGGACUUGUGUUUCCCCAUCCUGCUUUAUUGCCUAAUGGCAAUUUGUAUGCAGGAAACUUGGCGCCAAAGCAUAGACUUUCUUAUACCAGCUUGCCAACAUGCAGAGGUGAAUACACCGUGUUUCACAACACACAAAAUUUGAUCAACCCUAUAAUUUCAUCACUCACUUCACAAGAAGAGAAAAGGAGUGAAGGAGCACAACGGCGAUCUAGGUCACAUGAUCGACUUCGAUGUCAUGAAGAGCCGAUUAACAGAGGGAAACCAACAGAAAUUUCACAGAAAUCAAAUGCAACUCAGUUACAUGUUUCCAUUGGACCUGAGGUCUCAUGUUCUAAUCCAAAGAAUCAUGGCAAAAUGUUUGCCAAAGAUUACAAGGAUAAACCCUUAAUCGUGGAACACAAUGAUCAAUGGGGAAAAGUUGAAGCAAAAGCAUCUAAAAAGAGCAUCCUGCCAGAAGGAAGCAACAAACAAUAUUUUAUGAAAGAAAUUGAUGAGCAAACAGUUGACUCUGUGGAAGCCAUCGCCAAGCAAGAUAGUGUCCAAAAAGACAAAGAUGUUCUCAAGGCAGUAGAGUUUUGUAGCUCAUCACAGGGUCAAUGUUUACCAAAUCAGAACUUAAACAAAGAUUUUAUUUCAGACUGCCAAAGUAAGGAGAGUACAACAGUUCAGUUGAUCACUGAUCUAUCGGACGGUGGUCGCAUCAUUGAUAGUGUUCCCACAACUAUGGGUAAUAUAAAUACCAAUAAGGAAUUUGGUGCUGAAGCUGAGCAGUUUUUGGCUCAAUUGAAUCACAGUGAUACCAAAGACAGAACUGAUGACUUGGACAUAGCAGCUGCUAAAUUUAUGAAGCCAAAAAAGUCUAAUCUAACAAAGCGAAUUGCCAACUCAGCUGGGUAUGUGGGAGAUAAAUUUAAGUGUGUCACAACAGAACUGUAUGCCGAUUCUAGCCAGCUAAGUCGAGAACAACGAGCACUACAGAUGGAAGGAUUAUCACAAGAGGACAGUAUUUUAUAUCAGCCUGCUGCUUACUGUGAGCGUGCUAUGAUGCGCUUCUCUGAACUUGAGAUGAAGCAACGGGAUGAUAAAGUUUCUGAAGAAUCAUUAGAGGACAAUAAAUUAAGUGACACUGACUGCAGCAACCUCACUGGAAAAAGGGAAAAGAAGUCAAAGGGAGAUUCAGAAGAAGAGAAUAUUUCUGUGGAAAAUUUUGAAGGAAAAUCAUCUUGUGUCUACACCAGACAAGCCACUGCCACAAUCACUCCCCAAGUGUUGAAUGGGACAUAUUGGGUGGGUUGCUUAAAGGCCUACACAUUUAUCGCCGGCGAGAAGUACGUUUGGAGUGGCGGAUGUAACGGGAAUGGCUGCUGGGACCAUCCAGUUCAGACACUACUUCAAAACCAGAAAAUCCACAGCAAAAAAAUGAGUAAUUGGAUUCAUGGCCUCAGUGGCAAGAAUCCGUUGGUCGUCCUGUGUUGCCGUAGGUCAUCCUGUGGUGCCAGCUCCAGUGAGAAAAUUGAUCAGGUUGCCGUGCUUCGAGAACAGUAUGUUUUUAGACUGGAAAGAUUGAAUGUCUUUGUGAGUGGAAGAUCAUGCAUCUCAAGUUUGUUUGAGUUCAUUGAUGAAGUGACCAGUAAUGUUGAAGAGGGUAGGGUGGUAUACAUAGUCUGUAUGGUUUUCACUCAGACCUUUGACAAGGUUACCAUUGAUAGGCAGUUCUGGAAG